CUGCUGAGGGACCUUCUGCUCCUGGGCGUGGAGCAGAUCCUGAGCAGGAGAAAAGCCCUGGGAGGGAAGGGUUCCAGGGCACUGAGGGCAGCUGGGGGAACCCCAGUGGGUCCCAGCGGAGUGGAAAGUCCCCGUCAGGGAGCUGUGGUACCCCAAGGGCUUCCCGUGACCUCCGGUGCCUUCCCAGCUCAGCAGGAAAAGACGUGUUUUUGUUGGUAACUUUUUUUCAUACUAUUUAAAAACUUUUUUUUUUUUUUACACAAACUUUUUGCCUCAAGCACAACAAGGGAAAAUGUAAAACCAGUGAUCAGCAAGUUCCCACUUCCCACCAAGGGGUAAAUGUUUACCAGUUUGGUGUUAAUUAACAGAAAUAUUUAAUUCGUCUGAUCACCUUUGUGACUGUGACCCACAGAGAUGAAUGAGGUUUAACUAAGCAAUCUUGGAUGGAAAUUCCCCAGGGAUCUGGCACCCGUGCAAGGACAGUUGCACAAAUGAUCUUAGGAUACUUCCCAAGCUGAGCUUUGGUGUGCUGGGCCUUUUCUCGCUCACUUUAAUCAGUGCUUUUUUGGAAAAUGAUUAUAAAUUAAUUAUUGUAAAUUGCCCUUUUGGGCACUCACAACUUCAGAGGGGAUGGGUUCAACCUUGCCCCGAGCCCUGACAUUGGGAAUUGUUGGGCAUCUGUUGAAAAUGGGACAAAACCUUGAGGCUUUGGGUUUCUCUCAGGACAUGGGGCUCUUAAAACCAGCUGUUGUCCCUGCUCUGUGGAGAGAGCUGUGCCACCACUGGGGCGAUGUCACGUGAAGGUGCUCAGCACCCUCAUAAAAAACACAGCAUUUUCCAAACCCUUGACCUCAGCACUUGUUUUCCUUGGUGUUCUCGAGAUGCUUAACAAGGGCUCCUGAAGGUCAGAUUAUGUUCUCCAGAACUGUCCCCUGCCCUGUCAUCGUGCUCAGCGUGGGUGGCAAGGACAGGGGACAGCUGGGGGAAGACGCAGCAGGAAAGGUUGCAGGGUUUCUGCUCGGCUGUGGUGGACAAAGAGAGGCCUUUCCCACGGAAAAUGCUUCCAUAAGCACUGCCCUGGGAGAGGAGGUUUAGGUUCACGUGUGGUCCAUGGCACAGCAGGAAAAAACCACCCAAAGAGCACGUUUUGUGGUCUGAAAGUUAUGGUGAUAUCUUGGGUGUAUUUUAUUUUAAACUCCCUGCCUGUUGUGUGCUGAGACACGGGGGAAGGGAUGGUGGGCUUGGUGUGGGGUGAGGAGCCCGUUCCCCUCUGAGGACCAAGCUGUGCCGAAACCGAGCUGUUUUUUGAGCUGAGUGUUGCAAAGGUGCCUGUGAGUCACUCUGGGCUCUUGCUCACCCCUUUCUCCUGCCACAAGCACGACUGAGGUGCUGGGCUGCGAUUUCCCCGCUCCUUCGCGCGGCUCCAGAACGUUCCUCGCGUUCCUCAGAUGAAAGUCCUGGUGCAGAGCCCAAUUCCAGGCUUUGGCAGGGGCCCACGAGAGGAGGAGCCCAUGAGCCUCUCUGGGGUGAAGGGGAGCGCGUGCACCGAGCAGGAGAUGAAUUAAAAUGCAGCACACCACGUGCACGGAGGACAGGAUCUACCACGCACUGGAAAGGUGUCUCCACGGGCUUAGCAGGGACGCUGUGUCCAGCAGAUGGGCUGCCGGGCUGUGCCUGAACUGCUGGAGCCUGCAGGAGCUGGUGAGCCGGGACGCCGGUAACUACCUCAUCCUGGUGGAGAAGAUCCUGAGCAAGACCAAAGAGGUGCAGGAGAGGUGUGACUACGACCUGGUGACGCCCCUGGCCCUGCUUUUCUACUCCGCCGUGCUCUAUGCUCCUCACCUCCCACCCGGCUCUGAGCUGCUCCUGAAAGCUGCCAGGGUCUACCACAGCUUCCUGACCUGGCCCGUGCCCUACUGUGACACCUUCCGGGAGCUGCUCACCUUCAUCAGCAACGAGCUGAAGGCACCAGGGAUCACUUUCCAGAGGCUGGUGAGGACGGAGCAGGGGCUGCCUGUGAAGAACUACCAGAGCUCCACAGUGACGGUGCUGCUGCUGAACCGCUCGGAGGUGCAGAGCGAGUUCCUGUCCAUCGCCGAGAAGCUGAGCUCCAGCGAGCCCCCCCAGCACUCCACGCUGGUGCUGCUCCUCGAGCACCUCUACCAGGCCAACUUCGGCACCCGCUGCGACCUGGACAGGCUGCACCCCCUCCUCAAGUCCAAGCCCCUGGAGGAGCUCCUGGAGCUCUACGCCAGCGCUGCCGAUGCGCAGGAGGCGGCGGCCGCCAGCAGUGACCCCGCGCUGGCCCGGGAGCGGCUCCAGGCUGUGCUGCGCGACAUCGCCGGGGCCGCCUCCUUUCCUGCCAUCACAGGCGAGGCCCAGCCCCGCAAGCUCCACCCCAUCCCCAUCCCCCCCGCUCGCUGCUACACCUACAGCUGGGACCAGGACAACUUCGACAUCCUCAACGAUGUCCUCAGCAAGGAGUGCAGCACUGCUGAGCCCCUGGCCUCGGAGAAUGAGGAGGAGGAUGAGGAUGAGGAGGAGGAUGUGGAGGAUGUGGAGACCGACGGCGGCUCCCCCGAGCAGGACUCGCUGCUGGCCCCGCUCUGUGCCAUCUCCAGUGACUCUGUGUACUCGGUGCUGUCCGAGGAGGGCUCCAGGCCCUCGCGGGUGUCCCUCUUCACUUCAUCCAAGGACUCCAUCUCGGAGCUGACCGUGGUCUCCAGGAAGUCCCUGAAGUCGUUCGUGUCCAGCCUGAAGGACUGCAUGGACAGCGGCUACGCCGAGGACAGCGAUGAGAGCUCCCUGGACACGGCGGGCAGGACGGAGCCGAAGGCGGACAAGGCCCCCAGGUGCCGGCAGUCGCUGACCAACAGGCUCUACAAACUGUUCAAGAGCAAGAGCCAGCUGGUGCUGCGGCGGGAGCUGCGGCACUGCCCGGGGCCGUGCUCGCUGUCGCUGCCGCUGCCGCUGCGGCGCGCCGAGAGCCUGUGCGCGUCCCCGGCGCAGCCGCGCGUCCCCGCGCGCUCCCGCCGCGCGCUCUCGCUGCCGCAGCACGGCCCGGGCCAGAGCGGGCCCGCCCCGCUCGCCCCCCGGCCCCUCGGGCUGCCCCGCCGCCCCUUCCUCAGCUACGACGAGGAGGCCAAGGUGGCCACGCUCCGCGUCGUGGUGUUCGGCUCCGACCGCAUCUCGGGCAAGGUGGCCCGCGCCUACAGCGACCUCAGGCUCAAGGAGAGCUCCUGCCCCUCCCUGACACGGUACUUCAGGCUGCAGUUUUUCUACGUCCCCGUGAAGAGGAGCUGCGUGGCUCCAUCGACCCCACAGAUGCAUCAUCACCCCUCGCCGUCCCUGGGGGACCCCUCGCCCCGGGCACAGGACCCUUCCCUGGCUGGGAUGGAGAGCAGCACCAACGACAUCUCCCACUACAUCGGCCUGCUGGACCCCUGGUACGAGCGCAACGUCUUGGGGCUGAUGAACCUGCCCAUGGACGUCCUGUGCCAGUGUGCCAAGCCCGAGGCUGAGCCCCAGGAGGACUCCCAGGAGCAGCUGCCCAUCCUGGCAGACAUGAUCCUGUACUACUGCCGCUUCGCCACGCGCCCCGUGCUGCUGCAGCUCUACCAGACCGAGCUCACCUUCAUUGGGGGAGAGAAGAGGACCGAGGUCUUCAUCCACUCCCUGGAGCUGGGGCACUCAGCAGCCACCAGGGCCAUCAAGGCCUCAGGUCCAGGCAGCAAAAGGCUGGGAAUAGAUGGAGACAGGGAAGCAAUCCCACUGACACUACAGAUUGCGUACAGCAAGACGGCUGCCAGCGGCAGGAGCCACUGGAAUGACGUGGAGAAGGUCUGCACGUCCGUCAACCUCAGCAAGGCCUGCAGGAAGCACGAGGAGCUCGCCUCGAAGACAGAAUGUCUCAACCUAACCAUGACCGAGGUGGUCAAGAGGCAGAACUCCAAAUCCAAGAAAAGUUUCAAUCAGCAGAUCAGCGUGUCCCAGAUCAAAGUGGACAAGGCGCAGAUCAUCGGGGUCCAGUCGUCCUUCGCCGUGUGCCUGGACCAGGAUGAGCAGAAGAUCCUGCAGAGCGUAACCAGGUGUGAGAUCUCCGUGUGCUACAAGCCCAGGGACAGCGACCCCCUGGCCCUGCGAGGGUCCCCUGGGCCUGCCCAGGACUCCGAGUUCCACUCCCUGCUGUGUUUGCCCAUUGCCACCUUCAGUGGGGCCCUGCCGUAGGGGAGCCGUGUCCUUUCAGACCAGACUCCAUCCCACACCAAUCCAGGCUCAGGAGAAGGAAAAGGAUGCCCAGCCCUGCUUGUCCAAGACCUCCUGCAGCUGGGGAGUCACUGCGGUGUCCGUGUGGUGGCUGAGCUGCUCCUGCUCCAGGCUCAGUGGGAAAUGGGAUCGUUGUGCUCUGGUGUCUCUCGGGGUUCCUCAGCAAGGGGGGAAGGUGGUUCCUGGAUAUCCCCCUGUGGAUCAGCAGAUGCCAGUGCCUGUGUGGGGAGGGCAGGGCAAGGACAGGGGUAUUCGCUGCCAGAAAACGGCGCAGGUGGGACCAGGGGGGAAGGGUGAGCUCCUGGGGGGAUAUUUGGGAAAAGGAAUGUCCUUGGCUCAGUGGGGUCAGGCAUCUGUCAGCACAUGGGAGUUGCAGGUCACCCAACCCAUGUCCUGAUGGUAUUUCACCGUGUCCUGGUGGUAUUUCACCUGUACCGGUCAAGGGUGCUCAGGACAGUUUUUUUGGGAUGGGAACAGGUCUCUCAAGGCUUCCCUUCCAUCCUGGAGGUUGGGUGUCCUGCAGGGAAGCAGAGCAGAGCAGGGACCCUGCAGCGUGGAGUGCAAUAGGCCAUCCCAGGGCAAGGACAGCUGGUGAUGGAUUCGUGUAUUUCCUGUACAUCCGGAAGAGGAAUUCCUCAUCCCUGCAGGAUUCCAGCACCGAGCUGUCCUCCCUGUCCAGCCCCUGGGCUUGCGUCCUGCUCCCAGCACUGUGAGCCAGCCCAGGGCUGAACCCUCAGUAGCUGCUGGAAAUCCAUCAGGAGCCGUGCUGGACUCCCAGCAGGGAGGGAAGCACUGGGGAAAGCACUAGGGUUGCCUCCAGCCCACCUGCAGGGACACAUCUGCUGGGGAAGGACCCAGCGCCAAACCCACCGAGUGACACCUGCAGGUGACAACAGGAUUUGAGAUCCUCCUCCUCACAAACAUUCCAACCUCUUCCCUCUCCCUGCAAGGCUGUAGGUACAGAAAGGUGCAAUAUUUGAGGAUAUUUAGGGGUAGUCUGACCCCAUGAGCAAAGAAAUAAGACUGGAAAAGCCUCAGGCUGUUUCUGGGUUUUUUGGGGAUGGUACCAGUGCUGACAGCACAAGAGCUAAUUGCCUGCUGCAGGCUCAAAGCAGCUUGAUCCCAAGGUUCUGUGUUCCCUGGAUGUGUCCGGAGGCUGCAGGGCUCAGCCACAGUGGGGUCAGUCCAGGGAGUCCCUUGAUCUUCCAGAAAACAGCAAACAGGACCUGGCGAGCUCUUAGCACUGUCCCCAGUGGGGCUGGAAUUUGGCAGGUGGUUAUUUUUGUUCAGGCCUUUGAAAUAGCACCUUAUCCUGUCAAACGUUGCUCUUUGGGAUUUGAUAUCCUUGGCUAAAUUCCUGCCAGGACAUCAAUCCCUCUGGGUUCAGUUGGCCCUACAGAAAUCCUGGACAAGAGAAUUUCCGUCCCAUAGAGAAAACCAAGCACAAACUGCAGGGACUCAUAAUCCUGGCGAAGGUUUUGACCUCUGAUGCUUUCUGGAAAUAAUUCCAGGGUUCUUUGGGGUCAGUUGUGUACAUUUGUGUAGCCUCAGCAAAUCUGUGUAAAGCCCGUGCUGAUCUGUAAAAUACUGUGCAGAGAACUUUUAAAGUAAUUGUAAAAUAUUAAAAGUUGAUUUAUUUCCAGUA